UCUGCACCACAACCACCGCAUUUUUACACUUCUUCUUCUUAGCUUCAUUCUGUUGGGUUUUGACAGAAGCGUGGCAGUCAUAUAUGGCUGUUACUGGGAAAAUUAGGACACGGCUCAUAAGGAAACGUUUCUUGUGCCUUGGAUGGGGUUUACCAGCAUUAGUGGUUGCAAUAUCAAUAGGCUUUACCAAGACAAAAGGAUAUGGAACAGCCCACUACUGUUGGCUGUCUCUUGAAGGAGGGCUACUUUAUGCUUUCGUCGGACCUGCAGCUGCUGUUGUUUUGGUCAACAUGGUGAUUGGCAUUUUGGUAUUUAAUAAACUUGUUUCCAGAGAUGGAAUCCUAGAUAAAAAGCUCAAACACAGAGCGGGUCAGAUGAGUGAGCCUCAUAGCGGUUUGACGCUCAAAUGUGCCAAGUGUGGAGUAGUUUCAACAACAGCUUUGUCAGCCACCACCGCCAGUAAUGCCAUGGCAUCCCUUUGGAGUUCCUGUGUGGUGUUGCCACUUCUAGCUCUGACUUGGAUGUCUGCAGUUCUGGCCAUGACAGACAAAAGAUCCAUAUUAUUUCAGAUACUUUUUGCAGUAUUUGAUUCAUUACAAGGCUUUGUUAUUGUCAUGGUCCAUUGUAUUCUCCGAAGGGAGGUUCAAGACGCAUUUAGAUGUCGACUGAGAAAUUGCCAGGAUCCAAUCAAUGCAGAUUCUUCAAGUUCUUUUCCUAACGGACAUGCUCAAAUCAUGACCGAUUUUGAAAAGGACGUGGACAUUGCUUGUCGGUCAGUUCUGCAUAAAGACAUUGGACCUUGCAGAGCAGCUACUAUAACAGGAACACUUUCUAGAAUUUCACUAAAUGAUGAAGAGGAAGAGAAGGGACCAAACCCUGAAGGAAUGAGCUAUUCUACCUUGCCUGGAAACAUCAUCUCCAAAGUCAUCAUCCAGCAACCAACAGGUCUCCAUAUGCCUAUGAGUAUGAGUGAACUGGCCAAUCAGUGCUUGAAAAAAGACAACAGUGAGUUGCGGAGGACUGUGUAUUUAUGCACUGAUGAUAAUUUGAGAGGUGCAGAUAUGGACAUAGUCCAUCCUCAAGAGCGGAUGAUAGAAAGCGACUAUAUAGUCAUGCCCCGGGGCUCAGUAAAUACCCAGACAUCGCUGAAAGAUGAGAGCAAAAUGAAUAUAGGCAUGGAUACAUUGCCUCAUGAAAGGCUGUUGCACUACAAAGUUAAUCCAGAGUUCAAUAUGAAUCCUUCUGUAAUGGACCAAUUUAAUAUCAAUUUAGACCAGCACCUUCCUACCCAAGAACAUAUGCAGAAUUUACCAUUUGAGCCCCGCACAGCAGUGAAGAAUUUCAUUGCAUCUGAGCUAGAUGACAAUACAGGAUUAUCAAGAAGUGAAACUGGAUCCACAAUAUCAAUGAGCUCUUUAGAGAGAAGAAAAUCACGUUAUUCGGACCUUGACUUUGAAAAGGUCAUGCAUACAAGAAAGAGGCACAUGGAAUUGUUUCAAGAGUUAAAUCAGAAAUUUCAGACUCUGGACAGAUUUCGGGAUGUACCAAAAUCAGGCAGUAUGGAGAACUCAGCACCAAGCAAGGCUCCAUGGGAGAGUUUCAAAACCACAGGCGACUACCAACACUAUACAACGAUAAAUGUGUUAGACACAGAGGCAAAAGACGCUUUAGAACUCAGACCAGCAGAAUGGGAGAAGUGUCUGAACUUGCCUUUAGAUGUGCAAGAAGGUGACUUUCAAACAGAAGUUUAACAAAAACAAACUGAACAAAAAAAAAUAAUUCAUUGCACUGACAAUAAAGAGACUUUGGGAAGCCUGACACUCCUGUCUGAACAUUGUGACUACUUUAUGUCAGGCUCUUCCUGUGCCAAAUGUCAGUGGUUUUUUUCAUACAGUAUAUUCCCACUAGUGCAGCUAGUGGAGAACCAGGUGUACAAUUCUUACCAUCGUGUGUUGUAAGUACCCGUGGAAUGGAUUUGUAAGGUAAUCUUUAUAGAUAAACCUCAAGCAACGAUUCAUGUUGUAACAGCUUCAUUUGGUUUAGUUUUCAAAAAACUUCACCAUGAAGCACAAUGUAUAUAUUUAUGCAGUUUUUAAAGUUUAUAACAGUCUGUUUGGCCAUUACUACACUUUUUACUUUAUAAUAUAAAAGCAAAGGUUUUGUCAUUAAAUGAAUGUCUGUUGAGCUACAUUCUUCAUUGCUUUAAAUGCAAUAAAGUAAUAAUCUCACUUUUAUAUGAAUAAUAUAUUUCACAUCUUUAUUAUUGCAGUUUUCUCUGGAAAGCUCAGAGUAGCUUUCUCUGCUGCAGCUGUGUAUAAAAUAUUUAAAAUGUUGUAUGGUGUAAAUAAACCUUUGUCUACA